CUAAAAUUGUUUUCUCCUCCUUUCGAAAAGAAACCAUCAACGGUGAUUUAGUAUCUUCGAUUCCGUCAAUGACGUCCCCGGCGCCGGAAUCAAACUCAAUUCUGUCACUUCCCGAUGACUUGCUAAUGAAUUGUGUCGCACGCGUCUCAAUAUUGUACUAUCCGACUCUCUCACUUGUCUCCAAGAGCUUUCGAUCACUCCUAGCUUCACCGGACCUUUACAAGACCCGGUCACUCUUGGACCGCACCGAGAGUUGUCCUUAUGUGUGCUUAAGGUUACAAUCUCGUGAGAACCCUAGCUGGUUUACUCUCUGUCGGAAACCUGAUCAAGCCCUAACGUGCGACACAAGUAAUAAGAAGAAGAAUGGAUAUGUUUUGGCUAAAGUCUCAAUUGCUCAUCCUCCUCCUUUGCAAUCUUCGAGUCUCGUGGCAGUUGGUUCUAAUAUCUACAACAUUGGCGGAUCCAACCCAACUUCCUCUAGUAGCCUCUCUAAAUUUGAUUGCAUGUCUCAUACGUGGAGCGAGGCUCCAAGCUCUCCAGUGGAGAUGUUUACAGCUUCUGCUGGCGUCCUUGAUGGAAAGAUUUAUGUGGUUGGAAGCUGCGAAGAUGAAGAUUCUAAAUCCUUAAAGGACACUUUCGAGGUGUACGACACAAAAACACAAGUUUGGGAUCAUGUGCCAAGCCCUUACAACGGAAAAAGAUACAACUUCAAAAUCCUAUGUAUUGACGAAAAGUGGCACGUGGGGAACACAAACGGAGUGGAUGACCUGGUGGUUGCUUACAACCCCAAAGAAGGUAAAUGGCACCAAGUGAUUAUGUGUGAUUAUACGGAUUCAAAUGCUUAUUGUGAGAUAGAGAACGUUUUGUACUCUGUUGACAAAUUAUUUUAUGGCAUUGAGUUCAAAUGGUAUGACACUGAAGUAAGCCGGUGGAGAAGAAUGGAGGGUUUGGUACUACCUGGGACUCCUACUCAUCAUGUUAGAUUGGCUAAUUAUGGUGGAAAGAUGGCGGUUUUGUGGGAGUGGGAGGAAGAGCAUUUGACUUAUAGUUGGGGUGGCGAUAAGAAGAAGAUCUGGUGUGCAGUGAUUACGCUCGAAAGGCGCAAAAAUCGUGGAAUUUGGGGAAAAGUCGAGUGGUUUGAUCAUGUUCUCACGGUCCCUGGAACAUGUGCUUUACAAAAGGUUCUUGUUGCUACUGUUUGAUGAAAUGU